AUGGGGACAAGAGGAGGUGGCGGUGUUAAUAACUUAUAUGGAGGUGGAGAAGGAACUAGUGGUGGUGGAAAGAUUAUAAAUGGAGGUGGAGAAGGAACUAGUGGUGGUGGACGAAUUAUAACUGGUGGUCGUCUUGGUGGAGGUGGCGACGGAACUAGUGGACGACGUCGUGGGGGAGGUGGGGAGGGAACUAGUGGACGACGUCUUGGGGGAGGUGGGGAAGGAACUAAAGGACGACGUCGUGGCAUUGAUCUUCUUCCACUACUGCUUCUGCUCCUACUGCCGACGCUGUUGCUUCUGCUUUGGCUGUUUAAGAUCUUCUCUUCUUCAUCUUCUCCUGCCUUUUCAUGUAACAAGUAG